CCGGGCCUUGUUUAGCUUGCUUGUUGCCACGGUUGGAGUCAGUUACUGUUGAAUUCUUUCUUUAUUUCUUUGCUGAAUAUAUUCCGAAUAAAUUAUACCUCCAUUAGAAGCCACAGGCUUCACGCGUCACCAUGUCCUUCCUCCGCAACUGCCGCACUGCCACGACGCAAGUCCGAGGGUUCACCUCGUCCACCACUCGUCGAGUCGGCCCUGAAUCUCCCAAUUACAUUGAAGUCCCUCGCUCCCUCCAGCCGGACCUGCCCUCGAAGCGCCGUGUCAAGGGUACCCUACCCGUCCCCCGCGACCUUUUCCCCGCUCGCCGCGCGGACAAGCCUACCGAGGCGUACCUCGCAGCCGUGACCCCGGCUCAAACGAAAGAAACCAAGAUCGAUCCGAAUGAUCCCCACGCCGACUUCCUCCAGUGGCGGAGACAAUUGGCCGAGGAGCGGAGGCAGAACCUGCGCGAAGGUCUGCAGGAGCUGUACAGCCGGAAGCAGAAGACGACCGACCAGAUGGUCCGGAAGAGCGCCGAGAAGCAGCAACGACGAGCUCACAUCUUCCAGCAGCCCGAGCGGGAGGACGAGCGACUCACCCGCCAGUCGGUGACGCAGGACAUGCUGCCCCGGAAGGAGACGGUGCUGCCGGACCCGACGCGCGAGGCGCGACUCGCGCAGUCGGCAGAGCGACACGAGUACAAGAAGGCCUUGAAGGAGUUCGAGCGGUUGAACUCGGUACAAGAUCUUUACAUGGGUGCUAGAAAGUUCAUCACCACGGAGGCGCAGCUGGCCGCUGAGAUCGAUCGGAUCUUCCCCGAGGGCGAGAAUGAAGCCUGGCGCAAUGACCACCAGCAGGGCCAGAACGUCUGGAACUUGGGCGUGCCCCCGACCGUGCAGAGCCUUGCCACGGAGUCUCGGAAGGGCGAGGCUUCUCGCUGGGAGCUCAUCCAGGGCAGAGUCAAGAAGCUUGGAGAGCAGGUUACCGGUGGCAAGCUGUGAGGUACAUUGGACUACUGUAUAUUAUCGUUUCCUUCUAUUUUUCUCUACUGUCAAAGCAAUCAUAUGAGCUUGUACUUUUGGAUUUGUGUAUACCUAGCCUUAUCAAUG